UGGACAUCAAGCCAAUGGAAACCAAUCUAUGAUCUUCUUCAUCAUCAUUCAUUCAUCACCAUCAUCCAAUUUCUGAGACGGAGGGAAAAAGCUUUUGGUUAUGGUUAUGGUGGCCACUACAGCAUCCAUCUGUAGCACCAACAGUGGGUUGCCCUUCACCCGUACCUAUCCUCUACUUGUGAAAUCCAUGGCUACUCAGAAACCCCUUCCAUCCGUUUCCAGAACUGUAACCUCCAGAAAGAGUUCAACUGUAUUCCCACUGGGAGAAAAAGGCCCUCGGAGUAGCCCCAUAACAAGCACACCUCCCAUUAAGCUACUUACAAGAAUGGAGCAACUGAAGCUAUUAAGCAAAGCAGAGAAAGCUGGUUUGCUAUCAGCAGCAGAGAAGUUUGGGUUUUCCCUUUCAACCAUAGAGAGACUGGGACUCCUCUCAAAAGCUGAAGAACUUGGGGUGUUAUCUGCAGCCACAGAUCCUGGAACCCCAGGUUCACUGUUGACCCUUAGCCUGGUUUUACUGCUUUUUGGACCCUUGUGUGUUUAUCUGGUGCCUGAGGACAACCUUGGAGAGGUGGGCCUGCAAAUUGUAGUUGCUCUGCUCUCUGUAGUUGGAGGUUCUGCAGCUUUUGCUGCUUCAAAUUUUGUAUCCAACUUGCAGAAACUAAGAUAAAUUUAUUAUCAUGGUUUUAGAAUAUGGAGUGUUCUGACUUAUAUAUGCAUAAUUAAAUUGUUCUACCUUCUAGGUA